AUGGUUCUGUGUCGAGACAUGAUCUGGUUAAUUCUGGUUCAUUUCCGCCUUGGUGCACCACAUCAACCUGUAGAUGACUACGAGAUGACUGCUAUUUCAUCUGAUGACAACGGGUAUGUAUCUCUAUCUCCCAACGGCAGUGUUCAGAAUUCAGGUUUCUUGAGUUCUACGAUGACAAGCUUGAUUGAUGACCGAAACUCUGGUGACUCCAUGGAGAAGAAGAGUCAUCCUCUUGUUGACGCGAAUAUACCUAGUUCCAAAGACAAUGUUCAAGAAAGCAGCAAUGCCAAAUUUGUUACUCAGGCACUGUCAGCUCCGCUUGGGAAUAUAAACCUGGAAGCUGAACAAUCCACCAUGCAGCAACAAAUUGUUGACAUGUACAUGAGGAGCAUGCAACAAUUCUCCGAGUCCCUGGAGAAAUUGAAACUCCCAAUGGAUCUCAACAAGCCGGAAACUGACAACCAAGGUAAUGUGAUCCAAAACCUUAACAACAGUGUAGAAGUUGAGAAGAAAAAAGACGUUGCAAGGGUAUUUUACGGCAGCAGGGCAUUUUUCCGAAUCAUCCUUAAUGCAGCAGCAGCAGACAUAAACUCUAUGAACAAAUUUGCUAAUGGUGAUUCCUAG